AUGCCGAUGUUAGGUAACAAAUAUAUCCUUGCUAUUGAUAUCAUCUCCCUAGGUUUAGGGAUAAAUGGUAUGGUAGCCGUGGCCAACCUCCCGUUACCUCCCCACCUUCAAGCUGCCGGACCGUGGCAAUUCCUUACCAACUUAUCGUUGAUGCUUUCCAAUAUCGUCUUUGCUUUAGGAGUCAUUGCUCAUGCCACCAAGUCUAGCACCAUUUUCCAGUGGAAGAAUCGUCUUGGACCUUUUGGUUUGAUCAUGGAAAUGAUCGUGUUCAUGGUGUACUGGCCCUUACGUCUUUUCUUCCUUCAUUUGUUAGUGAAGAAUAUCGAUGAUUUCAGGGCCACAUUAUUCAUCGACUUGUCUAUCCACUUAAUGCCGGUGGUGCUGUUGUUGGUGGACUUCAUGUGGUUCCUGCCGACAUGUACUAUCACCAACAGUCAAGCGUUGGCCAUUUGUUUGGUUGCUACUGGAGGUUAUUGGCUGUGGUUACAUAGAAUAGUGGACUUAGAGAAUGGGGCAGAGUUCCCGUAUAAUUUCUUGAACGUGGAUAGUACCGUGGUCAGGGGAGUGAUCUUUACCUUCGUGGGGUUGGUGGCGUUCUUGAACUUCGUGUUGAUUCAGAUGGUUUAUAGAAGUGUGGUUAGUGAGAGGAAACACCAGUGA